AUGUCCGACACAAACGCCCCCAAGGGUCUUUCGGCCAAGAUCCAAAAUAAGCGCAAGAGACAAGCCGAGGACGCUGCGCCCCAGCAGGAAAAGACCGAGGCUGCAGGAACACCUGCAGAGGGAACCACCAAAAAGAAGCAGAAGAAGAACAAGAACAAGAAGAAGCAGGCUGAUGAUGGCGAGCAGUCAUCGCGCAAAGAUGGUAUUGACGAAUCAAUUGGCAAGAUGGACGGCCGGUUACUGGGCGAUUACUUUGCGCAAAAGGCCAAGCGACAUGAAAAGGAGCUUUCUGCUGUUGAAUUGAGCGAUCUUUCAAUUCCUGAUUCCGCCUUCCUCGACACCUCCAGCUUCACCUCUACCCGCAAGCUCGAACAGCUGCCAGAAUUCCUGAAGACUUUCAGCCCCAAGGGCGCAGAUCUUUCCAAGGCAUCUGAGAAGAAUGGAACCCCCCACACACUUGUGAUCUCCGGCGCUGCCCUGCGGGCUGCCGAUGUUGUGCGUGCACUUCGCCCGUUCUCGACCAAGGAAACUAUUGUAGGAAAGCUGUUUGCCAAGCACAUCAAACUGGAGGAAGCCAAGCAAUUCCUUACACGCGCUCGGUCUGGCAUUGGAGCUGGCACUCCUACCAGAAUCUCCGAUCUGAUUGAGUCCGGAACUCUCAAGUUGGACGAACUGGAGCGCAUCGUCAUUGAUGGAUCGCACAUUGACCAGAAGCAGCGAGGAAUCUUUGAUAUGAAGGAAACACACAUGCCGCUCUUGAAGCUGCUCACUCGGCCGGAAUUGCGGGACCGCUUAGGAUCGAAGAAGGGUGUGAAGAUCUUAGUGUUUUGA